AGACGUAACAGCUCCAAGCGCGGAACUGUGAUGAGAGAGAGAUUUGCGAGUUGCGACCACCCCCAAAAUGGGGAACCCCGAGCUAAUCCAAACCCCCGCCGAUCUGAAUUCCCCCAAAUCCCGCAACCGGAGCCCUAAUCGCUUCCAAAUCCCAUCUUCGAUCCAAUGCCUCCCACCGGCGACGACCCGUCGGCUGCCGCCGGCAUCUCAUUCCCCGACGUGGGCGGCGGCGAUUCUGAAGACGCCGACUUCGCCGGCGCUCACCUCCUCGACCCCACCGACCCAAGCCUCCCCAACCCCACCGCCUCCUCCGCCACCGGCCUGCCCCACGCGGUCCCGGCCGGCGGGAGCGGCGGCGGCCCGGUCACCUCCGGCAACGGCGGGGAGCGGCGGCCCCUGUUCCAGCGCCUCUGGACCGAGGAGGACGAGAUCGUGAUCCUCCGCGGCUUCGCCGAGUUCACCGCCGCGCGCGGCACGGCGUUCGCGUCGCACCAGUACGACACCGACCCUUUCUACGAGGACAUGCACCGCCGCCUGCAGCUCGACUUCUCCAAGAGCCAGCUCGUCGAGAAGCUCCGCCGCCUCAAGCGCAAGUACCGCAAUUGCGUCUCCCGCCUCCGCGAGUCCGGCGCCACCUUCUCCUUCCGCUCCCCGCACGAGCAGGCCAUCUUUGAGAUCGCGCGCAACAUCUGGCGCCCCACAAAUAAACACGGCCGAGAUCCCUCGGCUGACUCUGACGAUGAAGACGCCGCGGUGAACACAAGCCCCAACGGGGAAGUCAAGUCCCCGUCCUCGGGCCGACAGCGACGCCGCAGGCGCGCGACGGAUUUCGCUGCACCCGCUGGCAACGCCCCUGCCACCAGCAUGGUGCAGCCCCCUCAGCCAGUGCAAUUGCAGCCUGUGUCAGUGCCUGUCAAGAUGGAAGACUCCCUCCCAGCACUACCGCAGAAUCCAAUGCCAGUGACGGUGACCAUGGAUGGCUCAGAGCCUCUCAGGUUGCCAGUCAUGUCACCUCAAUCAGGUGUUUCGGAUGCGGAGAAGAGUUGCCUGACUCCUCUACUUAAGGAGAUGAUGCGUGCAGUGAUAAAUGUCGGAACUAAUCCCUUCGGUGCAAAACUAUCGGAGCCGCCACUUGGUUUACCUAUGGAAGGGGAGAAAUGGAGGAAGCAGCGGAUUUUGGAGCUAGAGGUGUACUUGAAGAGGAUUGAGCUGCUGCAGGAUCAGGCGAAGGCAACGCUUGAGGAGCUCAAGUCCUCAACCCCCGGGACUUGAUCCAUGCUAAGAUGAGAUCUCUUUCGUUUUAGGAUUCUUGCUAUGAUUCUUAGUGUAGAUGCUUAGGUAUUUUUGCAUAUUUUACGUCCAUAAAAGAAUAUUGUUAACUGGGUUGGAACUAGUUUAUUUAUGGUUCUAAUUGUUCAUGUGAUAUUAGCUGCCAUUUCUGGUAUUUUUUUGAUAGGUCCAUAGUUUAUUUAUGGUUCUAAUUGUUCAUGUGAUAUCCAUUUCUGGUAUUUUGAUAGGUUCAUUUUCCUCUGUUUCUGAGGUAGUGGUAUGCUUUGAGUGGACAGCAAGUACCCUAUAGAAAGAUGAAUUUUUGCAAUUAAUUUAUUAAGAUUACAGAUUAUUGCUA